AUGGAGCAUAAAUUUAAAGAAUUAUCAGAAAAAUAUCAAUGCUUUCAUAAUAAUGCGUUGAAUGGAAUCAAUUCAAAUGGUGUUAAUAGUUUAAACAUUAAUCCAAAUCUUGAUCAAGACGCUUGUUAUGAAUUUUUUUUAAAUUUGGUAGAAACAAAGGAUGAAAUAAAUAAUCUAUUACGCUUUGCUGCUUUGAAUAUAAAAGCAGUAAAUAAAACUUUAAAAAAAUUUGAUAAGAAGCUAAAAAAGGAGGAAAAAAAUCAUUAUUUAGAAAAGAUCAAUGAUCUUCCACUCGUUUCGUGUUCUGCAUUGAUCAAACUCUUGGAAUCAAUUGAGCAAUGGAUACGGGAGGUGCACCACAAGAUUGCAGAUAAUAAUAAUCAUUUAUCAAGUCCAAACCAUAGUUUAGAUAAUACAGCUUUGCUGAAUGCGAUUAGAAAUGAUGAUGAUAGUACUCUCCGUAAUUUAAUAGAUGAAAUGGUAUCAGAUAUCAGAACGGAAAAUAUGGAUGAAAACUUUGAUAACAGAAUGAUUAAUCAAGCUAAUCCUGUUGUUCAAAAGGUUUUGAUAUCAAUACUUUAUAAAGCAUGUUAUUAUCAAGCCUUUAAUUGUAUUAAGCAGCUAAUAUUGUCAGGUGUAAACAUUCUUGAGGAAAAAGACAUUAACAAGCGUUCAUUGAUACAUAAGUUAGUAAUUAAUGGUGGUAUUUUACCAAGAGGAAAUGUCACAACAUCGCCUGCUACAUCCCCUACUUUAAACAAUUCUUCUUCAUCAGAUUAUCCAAGAAUCAUUUCCUGUAUUCUUGAACAUCUUCCUGAACAUACUCAUGUUUUUUCUCUAGAUAUUUAUGGUAAAAAUCCAUUGCACUAUGCUGCAAGUAAAGGAUUUGUGCAAAUAACAAAAACUCUCUUAGAGUAUUUAAUGAGAGUUGAGCAAUUUUCAUUAGAGAUGGCUUUUAACGAUAAUGUGUGGUUUGAUGAUAAUGGAUAUACGCCAUUAUUCUAUGCAACCUUGAACAACAAAGUUGAAAUAAUUGAUUGCAUCAUGGAAACUGGACAAAUUAGGGAUGUAGAUAGUCCCAGUAACGUUCGAGACACUACUUUAGUGCCAAAAUUAAUGAAUUCAUCUAAUACUACACAAACUCUACUUGCGGUAUCGUGUAAAUUUGGACAUUGUUCAGUGGCCAGAUCAUUGUUAAACCACCAUGCAAAUCCAAACAUACAAGAUGAAGAUGGUGAAACACCUUUGCACCUGGCGUCCAGAGGUGGUUUCACCGAGUGUUGUAAAAUUUUGAUAAGUGAAUAUAAUGCUAAUAUGGAGAUCAGGGAAAGAUAUAGUGGAUGGACUCCAUUAUUUUUAGCAGCGAUCGAGGGUCAUAAGGAAACAGUUGAAGCAUUGAUACAAUCAGGAGCCAUACAUAAUAUUGUAGAUUAUUCUGGUUGGACUCCACAUAUGCACGCAGUGUUUCGCGGUCAUCUUACCAUGAAAAAUAUUUUACGUCCUUCGAACCAAACCAUUCUUUCUUCCAUUUCAACUAAUCAUGAGAUAAUGGUAUCACCUCAAGAUAAUAUAUCUCGACAAGAAACUUCUGCAGAAGUGAUAAAUCAAAAUAGAUAUCUCAAAGAUCAGUCGUUGAUAAUUGUUACACUUGGAACAACAGACAUUCGUAAGGAUGACAUAGUUCCUAUUAAAUUUAAUAAUAAACUAAGUUAUUCCUCACCAGUUUCUUUGGUUAUUUGGGCCAUAAAUGCCACUGGAGAGAAGGUUACCAUCGACCUUCCUAUAAAGGACAAAAAUGAUAACACCGAAAUCGACCCUCCUAUAAAGGAUAACACCACGAUCGACCCAAUAAUGUUUUAUGCGCGAGAGCAGGACCUAAAUGAUGUUACAUUAAUUUUUGAUAUAAUGCCAAUUUAUGGCUCUAUAAGACAAUUAAUAGGUCGUGGAACUGCUGCACUAUCAUCAGUAAAAACGUAUCCUGGACCAAAUUAUACUUCUCUUAUUGGAUCUGUCACAGUUCCUAUAAUAGGGUCAUUAGGUGUGGAUGUUAUUGGUAAAAUUCAAUUUGAAUAUUUAGUUGUUAAGCCCUUCAAGUUUAACAACUUAGAAAAUAGAAAGAAGUGCACAUGGGAAUCGUUGGGUACUAAAGUAAUUGGUCAUCGUGGAAUGGGUGAAAAUUUUAAUUUUAAAGAAAGGUCAAAGUUACAGAUGGGUGAAAAUACGGUACAAAAUUGCCAAGUUACAAAAGAUUUAAUACCAGUCAUUUAUCAUGACUGGUACAUCACGGAAACGGGAUUUGAUAUUCCGAUACAUUCGGUCACUUUAAACCAAUUUCUUAAGAUAAAAGCCCGAGAAAAUGAGAGAAAUUUAGAUAAUGAUUCAAAUGAAACUUAUUUAAAUAAUGUUACAAAUGAGAUUGAUUUAAAUAAUGUUACGAAUGAGGUUGAUUUAAAUACUUUUACAGAUAAUAUACCUAAUUCAAAUUCAUCCGGAAGGCUUAAACGAUCCAAUAGUAUGAGUUCACUUAACAAAGCGAAAUAUAGAAAAAUUGAUGAAAAUAAUGUUGGAAAACUGAAGGGAAACGGUGCUGGUACAAUUCAGGCACCUUUUGCUACAUUAGAAGAGACAAUCAAAAAAGUUCCGGUUAAUAUUGGGUUUAAUAUUGAGGUAAAAUACCCAAUGAUUGUCGAGGCUGAAGAGUUUAAACUUCAGCCAUUUUAUACAGAGUUAAAUGAUUUUUGUGAUGCGAUUCUUAAAUGCGUAUACGAGCAUGCUCAACCCGGACGUAAAAUUAUUUUUUCAACAUUUCAUCCGGAAAUUUGUUCAAUUCUUGCAUGGAAACAACCCGUUUACUCGGUAUUUUUCCUUACCGAGUGUGGAGCUUACAAUAUGGGUGAUGUAAGAUGUAAUUCCUUACAAGCAGCGAUUAGGUUUGCUAAAUUUGCUGGUUUGUCAGGGAUUGUUGCUAAUUGUAAUACUAUUAUUGAGGCUCCAGGACUGACUAAAAUAGUUAAAGCAGCCGGAUUGUUACUUUUUACUUAUGGUGGAUCAAAUAAUGAAGUUGCUAACGCACAACUACAAAAAAGAGCUGGUGUAGAUGCUGUGAUUGUGGAUUUUGUAAAAGCCGUGAAGAUAGGGCUUGAACAAAUUGACAAUGAGAAUCAAAUCGAAAACAUUGUCAAUUAA